GGUGGAGAGGAACUAUUUUGAGUCUCGCGCACCGGGCCUCGCCGCUUUCCGUCCGUGCGCUUUCCGGUCCGAGCCGCGCAGGCGCAAGGUUCGGCGGCGACGGAACGGCUGGAGCGACGUCAGUUUUCUCCCUCGCAGCUUUAUUGGUAAAGCCAAUAGUGAACCAACACCUAAGAUUGAUUUGCAGGAAAAGAUGGAAGAUCUUCAACUCGACCCUCCGGUUACUGAUACAACAACGUUGAGCGUUAAUGAUGAGGUUAAUGAUGAAGAGCAUGUGAACGCAAUGCUACAAGAAUCUCAAACUCAGCAGCAGUUGCUGUUUGGAACUGAAAAUAUUGAUCUAGGUCCAGAUACAUUCAUUUCUGAGCCAACAGAUAAAAUAUCUGAUGCAUGUUCAGUGAAUCUCAUGGAUAAACUUAAUGAUCAGAUGAUGGAGAGUGUAAUAAUAUCUGAUUCACCUAGUAAUAGUGAGGGUUAUGCAGGAGAUCUAGCAAUCCUGCAUGACUGUGAAGAGGCUUUAGAGAUGGGAUGCGGUGAUUCAGAGAGUAAAGAUUGUAAAGAGUCUUCUGGUGAAGAUAGUGAACUCGCACCUUCUGUUGUACAUGAUGCUGAUGAUCGGUCUCCAACACAAGAUAUGAAAUCUGCUGCACAAAAUCUGGAACUAGCAAUCGAGUCAGAAGAAAAGCAUCAAAUAACAAAUCAAAGCCAUGAAAAUGGAUCUGAAAGCCUGGUUGAUUCAGAAUUGCAGGAGAAGGAGACACUGGUGCCAGUUAGCACCCAAUUGUCCAAGGAUGAACAUCUACCAGUGUGCACCAUUUUUAGUCAGGACAAUCGGUCUAAAUCCCAGGUUCAUGCUCCUUUGAAAGCAGAUGGUUAUGAACCCCAGAUGGUGAAAUCUCCUAGCUUUGGGACAAUUAUUGAUACUCCUAAUAAGCCACCAUUAUUUGGAGUACACCCUAGUCCUAGCCUCAGCAAAUUUUUCACAGAUGAUGCCAGUUCAAGUUCAUCGGCAGCAGAAUUUUUUGACUCUUUCACGUCAACUUCUUUCAUUUCAGUUAGUAAUCCGAAUGCUAGUGCUUCAGUACCUGACAGACUGUCAUCCCUUUCUUCUUCCGGAAUAGCCAAUCAACACAAUGGUACAACUCAGUCUUUUAUCAUAGGAAGUGAUGUCACACCUUCUUCAGCCUCAUUUAUGCAAAUACCUCUGUCACCUAAGCCUUUUACCCAGAUCCAAGCAGCAUUUGCAGGAAGUGAUGAUCCCUUUGCAACAGCAUUGAAUAUGAGCGAGAUAGAUAGACGAUAUGAUGCUUGGCUUCCUUCUGAGGACACCAGGAAGAUUCUCAUUUCUGUCGCUACCCAACAGUACAGCACAGUGUUUAUCGACAAGGAAAAAUUAACCAUGCCAGGUUUGAAGUUUGACAAUGUGCAAGGUGAUGCAGUCAAGGAAGUAAUGCUGCGGUUUUUGGGAGAACAGGCUGCAAUGAAGAGACAAGCUUUGACUGCAGAUGCUGUGGAGCAGUCCUUUGUGGGACUCAAGCAAUUAAUUAAUACAAAGAACUGGAGAGCUGCAGUUGAUCUUUGUGGAAGAUUACUCACAGCACAUGGUCAAGGCUAUGGCAAAAGUGGUCAGCCAACUAACCACACUACAGAUUCAGUUCAGCUGUGGUUUGUGCGACUAGCCUUGUUGAUGAAGCUAAGCUUAUUCCAAAAUGCUGAGACCGAAUUCGAGCCGUUUGGGAAUCUUGACCAACCAGAUUUGUACUACGAGUACUAUCCUCAUGUAUACCCAGGACGCAGAGGGUCCAUGAUACCAUUUUCAAUGAGAGUGUUGCAUGCAGAACUUCCACAGUACUUGGGGAAACCACAGGAAUCAUUGGACAGGCUACACACUAUGAAAAUAGCUUGUAUAAAGAUCAUUGAUAACCUGGAAAAUGGACUAGCUGAAGAUGGAAGCAUGAUCAGUGUAUCCUCUGAGAACAGGCAAGCCUCUAUGCAGUUGUGGAGGUCACGUCUGGGGCGUGUGAUGUACUCCAUGGCAAACUGCCUGCUGAUGAUGAAGGAUUAUGUACUUGCAAUUGAUAUGUACCAUUCAGUCACCCAAUACCAACCAGAACAAGAGCCUCAGCUUCUCAGUGGCAUAGGAAGGCUGCUUUUGCAGAUUGGUGACAUCAAAACAGCUGAGCAAUAUUUUCAAGAAGUUGAGCAAAUAUCUCCAAAGUUAGGAAAUGAAUUACAACAGAAUGUAAUCAUUCAAAUGAACAGGGCAUUCCUCCAUCUUGGUCAAAAUAACUUUGCUGAAGCCCAUAAAUUCUUCACUGAAGUUACCAAAUUAGACCCGAGCAAUCCAGUGGCAAAUAAUAAUGCAGCCGUUUGCUUGUUGUACUUGGGAAAACUGAAGGACUCCCUCAGGCAGCUGGAAGCGCUCGUACAGCAGGAUCCCAAACACUACCUACAUGAAAGUGUUCUUUUUAACCUGACCACUAUGUAUGAGCUUGAAUCAUCUCGCAGUACGCAGAAAAAGCAGAGUUUGCUGGAGUCGGUGGCCUGUCGUGAAGGAGACAGCUUUAAUAUUCAGUGUCUGAAGUUACUGUGAACUGCUUUCUGUCCAGUUUGUAUUUAGUUAUUGUAACUUGAAAGAUGUAAAUAUGUAAUUACGUAUAUUUUAAUGAUCUUUAACUGCAGCUUUAUUGUCUAUGUUGCAAUUAAGUGCCCCACACAUGAUAUAUUUUGCAACAAUCAGCUUCUGUUUUGGGGGGGGAUAAGGAAACACUUCACAUUUCAAAUGCCUGUACCAUUUUAUAUUUGUUUGCUCCUACACUCAUUUCACUGUGUAUUCUGACAGGGCUGUUCCAAAUUGGUUGUUAAAUAAAUUAGAAUAAUGCUGUUGUUUUAAAUAAACACAAAUGUAAAUCA